AUGGCGAAGAGCGUGGAUGACUUGAUCGAAUUCCUCCUCGAGGAAAUUGCACUCAGUGGUAGUCGAGGUACAUCUAUUAACGAACUUUGCAAUUAUGUUCGGUCUUUCUACAAUGGAAACGAUGGAUCCCAGAGUGGCACCUCGACGCUACUUCUCGCUGUGUCGGUUGAUAAAGCCCUCCUGUCCAAAGUCUGGGUAUGGCUAGGACGACAUCCUGAUGUCUCUAUCGGGAAGGGCAAAAAGUAUAACAAAAUAUCACUUCCAGAAGUCGAACUUGAGUUUCCAGGAUGUCUCGAUCAAAUAUCCUCUGGCCCCGAGUCGGCGAUCGAAGUCAACGACAAAUCUGGACCAGUCGAAGAAGCGCCACCGGAGCAAACGACACAGGAAUCGAACAAUGCAGAACAAUCAUCGCGUUCAAAGCAAGGUCCGCACGUCACGGUCAACUACGAGCGAAUGUACCGUGCGAUAUGUGGCCAUCCUCCGGAUUCAAGCAAGCUUGUACCUCUAGAGUUUGCGCUCCUUACUCACAUUGCCGCAUCCCGCUCGAUCGGCAUUCUGCAAGGUCCCCUCACCAGAGCAUCCGGUCAAGACAAGCGAUCUGUACCCAAGAGGACGGAUGUAUUGCAUAGGAAAGGAUACAUUAUCAAAGAACCCGUUUAUGCUCAUGGAACCAAGACGAGCCGACUUACAUUACGAAAACUCGCCGCCACAACCACCAACAAGGAAUCAGUCCUCUCCAGUGCCACGGGCGGCGAGUCACAACAAAAAUCAACUGUGCGUGGCGUUGUUCGUCGUAUUUUUGAAAUGCUUUCCACUCAGAAUCUCAUCCCGCAGACCGACCUCUCAGAACGACUUGAAAUGUCUUCAACUGGGAAGCUCGCCAUUUUGAUCAAAGUCAUCCGCCGCCUCGAACGCGUGAAGCUUGUGAAACGUGUCAAGACUGCAUUUGGCCCUUCCGCCACUGUUGAAGAUCUGAAGCAGUGCGUUCAACUGGUACAAAUCCCCAGUCCAAGUAGUCUAGAGGAGUUUGACACAGAUGAGCUGGCCUUGCGACAUUCAUUUGCAGAGUUGGCUUCCAUAAUGGGCAUGGAAGAACCACUGGAGCUUUCCAAAUCUACUGCGAGCGAGACAAAGGAGAUGGAUUUCGAUUCUGCUGCCUCGCCACCUCUGGCACUCGCGCAAUGGAACCCCGCCCGAUUGAUGCCCAACAUGUUACGAGAUGCCGUUCAGGUUUCGAGUCCCAAAGGAUUGACCAACGUGGGUGCCCGGAGAGCGACCACUGGCCUUUUCAUACGACGUGCAGCUGAAGCAUCACUAUUCCGACUCUCCUGCCGCUCAUUGCUGGCUCAACCGGCUCACCUAAAGCAUUUAGCGGUCGUACGCGCUUAUAUAACUUCCAAUGGAGUUGCACAGUUCUUCCAUUAUUCAUGGGACACUUUUCGUGAACUUGCCACGCGCAACACAAUCGACAUCACCCACAUCCCUGGUGCAAAGAAAGCUCUAGCCAACAUGAUGUGCGCGGAUGACGCUCAGAGUCGUGGGGCCGCAUCGAGUGCUGUUGAUUUGAACGGCUUUCCACGCGAGCCACCUUCUCUGCAAAUCAUGCAAGGCAAAAUAGAGUUGGCCAGCAUUAUUGAGAAGAUGAGAAUUGAGGAUAUCCCUCCGAGACAUGGUGAACCCGUGAUUGUUGAGACGGAGCCUGGCAAGUUCAGUCUUGUGCCUCAGACAGCUGCGAUUCGAACAUCAAACAGAGCAAAGACACUUCGAGCAACUCCAAAGCCAGCAACUCCGAAGCGAGCGAUUCCAAAGCAGACAAGUCAAACCGAUCAGGGCGAGCUAUCCGAACAGGAGAUUAUUCUUGGUCGGCCACGUAAAUACGUACGUGGAACAGAAAAGUUUUGGCGAAAGCAAUUCUCACAAGCAAUCAUAUAUGCUAGUGCAGCUCGUGGCAUUCAUUUGACUCAAGCACCUAAAAAAGGCAUUAUGAAGCACCCAGAUGGUCUAGCACUCUACGGACGUCGCCCUCAAGAUUUCGAUGAAACUCUGUUGGAGGCUAUUGAUGCUCAUCUUCCGAUCCCAGCGGAACCACAUGAUAUCAAUGAGCAAUGGGUGCAAGCAACCAAAUCUGUUCUCAAGCGGCAUUCCGACGGUGUUUACCUCACACCAAAAGGACUACUUGGUGAUAGUAAAAAGCAACUGUCUCAAAUUCUGGUGUUCAAAUCGAGCAAAUUAAAAGAUGUGAAACUCAUCGAUAGACGGCCAGCAUACCCUGUACGCUUCCUGUCUUCGAGCGCAUCACACACCUUUGCCUAUUUCGGCUUUGACCAUAUUCUGAGCGGAGCCAGGCAUCUAAAAAGCAUUCAUGCAACAAAGCGCACUGCAACUCCAACUCGGAAGACUCUAAAGAACACCAAACAGAGACUUGGCCCUCGAAAGGGCCUCUUCGAAGAUAAAGAAGAAGCGUUAUCGAAUACGAUUCCUCAGCCGUCUCUAUCCCCUGGGGCUACUAACAAAGAGAGCCUUGCGCCUCAGGAAGGACCUGCUUUCGAAGAUGGCCGGCUAUCACUCUCAAGCCUGCGUCCUUCUCCGCCUCCCGGGAAGCCGAGUAGUGAGAUACUCGGCCCUCAGAAGGGAGUUUUCUUUGAAACUGACAGAAUAUCGGCUUCCAGUCCUCAAGUUUCUCUAUCACCCAGAACUCUGCACAAGGAUUUCUCUCGUGACUACGGUGAAACUACCAAUGACGAGACUCAGAUUGUGCAAUUUCAGCCACAGGUCUCGAAAAAGCGACGAGGACGUAAGUCAAAGGCUCUCGCGGUCGAAAGUCAACAGGUCGAUCAAGCUAGCACCCUCUUGCAGCAAACGUCACCCCCUGCAAUACCAAUUGCCAUCACUACACCCACUUUGUCGAGAUCGUAUCGGAAACGCAAACGCGAUGAUCAAUUUAGCCCACCAUCGCAACAAGUGUCACCAUUCCCUACGGUGCCAGAUACUACCACUCCGCCCGCCCGAUCGAGACCUUCCAGAAAACGACAAUUGACAGAAAAAGCAAGGCAGAAUGCAGAGACUGCCACGGGUGAUACCGGUAUCCUCAUUCCUACAGAACUUCAGACCCUACCCACAGAGCAUGUUCCACCAGUCAUAGAAUCUGUGGAAUCGCAUCCAACCCAAGAAAAAGCAACACCGGUACCAGACUUGGGGUUGCUUCCUGCACCGGCAAAUUUGGCAUCCAGCGACUCGGGCGAUGAACAAGUACAAGCGCCAGUUAGCACUACCGCUUCAGAUGCUGUGCUUGAAAAUCAAUCAAUCGUCGAUUUCUUAGCGCAGUGGAAUAUAAGUGCUAGUGGUUCAAGAAUUGCCAACCGAGAUCUACAGACAACUGGUGAUGAGGCACAAGACUCCCUUCCAACAGUAACAAGCCCACCUGUCCCGCUGAUGGUUGCUAGCUCCAAUAUAGCGUCAGAAAACGCAGUGGCAGCAAGCAUGUUAUUGGAGUCAAAUGUGAACUUUUCAGGCCUGAGUGAAAACCCUGAUGUGAUCGUCCAAGAGCAAUCUUCCUUUGAGGUUCAAAAUACAGAGAGAUCUCUAAACAACAUCGCGGAGGUGCUUGAUUCCUCAGCCUCGGAGCCUGAGCUUCUUCCUACAAGGCGAUCCGUCCAAAGAAAGCGACGUCGCGUACAAACACCGGACAUGGACGACCCCGACUUCAUAGACGACGAACGCAGCCCAGGGAAGCGAGCGAAAGAGGGAGGGCAAAAAUACACUGCGGGCGCAAAUAGCCUAUGCAAAAAGCUUGUACUUCAUCUGAUGUCCAUAACAAAGGGGGCUGCACCUAACGAUGCUUUCACUUUGAGACGCCUUGCUGUUCCAAGAUGGAAGGAGGAAGGUUAUGGAGAAAGCACUUUACUAAAGGCCAUCAAGUCAACUGUCAAGCGUCUCUGCGCAUCGGGAAAGCUCAAGCAAACGUCUUUUGCCUUUCGUGGGAAAGCAGGUGUCAUGGUCCGUCGCUCCAUUCUUUAUCUGCCAAAUGUGAGUGCCGAUUCAGACUUGGUGGAGAAUGUCAGGCAAAGUAUCAUCGCAGUCGAGCCGGCAGAUUAUAUACCUCCCGAAUGGACAGAGGAAGCUUCCCUGCUACCCUUAUUCAUAGCCAUGCCUCGGGUCUCGGAGAUUGCAGGCCCAAGUACAAGGAAGCGGCGACUAUCCACACCAGAAUCCGACGCACUACCUGACAGAUCACCUGAGACGAACUCAGCAAGAUUUCCAUCGUUGUCUCCAGUGCGAGAAACCCCUCCAGGUGCAGCUACAGGAUUUCUCACUCUGAAAGUUGCCAAUUUAGGUGCACUCCCCUUAGUCCACCUGGAAAAUUGGCAGAAUGAACUUGGUAGAGUUCGCGAGCGUGCAGAAGCUGCGAAGUUCGCCCAAAGACGUGAACGAAGCAGUCGCAGCCAAGGACUUCACUCCAAGGAUCGACCUCUCAUGUGGGCAAAUAAGCUGGUUCAAGACUUCCCCACAUCGUUGCAGGACAUCAUCUUGGUCACUCCUGCCCACAAUUUGUACGUAAGUACCGAAGAUGUCGAUCGGAACUGGCAACGUUUUGCAAAAGAGAUCGAAGCUGUCGAAGCUUGGGAACAGAAUCACAAUAGUGCUGCGCAAAACUUCCGUACCAGCUACGCCUUCAUCGAUCAUUCACUUCCGACAAUGCUAUUUCACGAUAUUAUGGGCUACAGCAAAGUUGAAUUUGCAAGCCUCGUUCACUUCGACGAGAAUGGUGAGCAAAGAGAAAUCCCCUUCCCUCCGGAAAGCCCACUUCCAGAUGCAGUCUUAGCACUCGCAGAAAGGGAUGAAGAACAGACAGCGAAGAUUGCUGUGGGUAUACGUGAGACUCUCACUGCACCCCCAGUAUUGUCAGACCACGAAGAUACCCAGCCAGGGAGGCGGAAGCGGAAGAGAAAAGCCAAAGAAGACGAUGUCGAUUUUACGCCUCCUACCAAACGACGAAAGGCACGUGCUACGAUACGGCAGCCCAAGAUCAAGGCCAAGACCAAGACCAAUUCUGUCAUCUCAACGAUCGGUCACAAACGCUUCAUUCGGGGUAUACAAUACCUUCGAGAUCUCCCAGCACAACAGGUGCGCCAUUUGGCGGUGUCUGUCGUUGUCGUCCGUACCCUUCUAGGCGGGCUAGACGGUUUCAUCGACUGGCCGGUAGUGAUGACCUUGUUUCCCAACGAACUGGAAUCCACCAUUCAAGGUCGUUGGAAGACUCUGUCGAAUAAAUACCGCGGUGAUAUCAGAGGACUUACAGAGAGCUUACAAGCGAGAUACCUGGAAGCUCUGGAAGCUGAUCAAGUACCGUGCGUCAACUUUUCGGACAUCAAAGCGACCGACUGGCAAGGGAUUGUGGACUGGGCUAUCGAUAAUCUCGAUAGAUUUGACGUGGAAGGUGUUGAAGAAUUGCCGGCCGAUAAAGCUUCACUUAUCGACGAUCAUGAAUUUAGUUUUGUUGAGCUAAGAAAUUAUCCUUCUCUUCUAACCUAUGCCAACAAUAUCACGACACAGAUGAAGGAAAAUACCUUCAGUGCCGCGAUCUUUGGUUCCGUUGCUCCCAUUUCACAAGACUCCACACAGCUGGACAUGAAUCUGCAAUUCAAACCACGUUAUGAGGAUGAAAACUUGGAUCCUGACUUCCGUCUUACCAGAUCCUGGGUUUUCGCAUCGAUCUUGACCACAGACCCAGGUUUCGAUCCAGACUUUGUACGAUCAAAGCUAGCUACAUUGGGCUCCACCGAGAACGAGACCAACGACCUCCUCCAUCAGGCACUGAAAGUUUUACAAGACGAGAAGCUCAUCCAAAAGGGCUCCACACACCAAAAAUCGAUCAUGAGCCUAGGCCGAGGCCUGUGGGAACCUGCGAAGAAAUUUUAUGAGCGCUUUGAUGAACGCCGCAUGAUCAACGCCACAAUGCUGCGGCAAGCCAUGACAUUUAAACUCUCCGUUCUCGACGCAGCCUUCGAGCGUGGUGAUUCAAUCUCCAUCCCAAAGGAAACCAUCAUCGACGAUGGCACAAUGGUCACAAUCCUCAAUCUGAUGUCAAAUGGGCAAAUCAUCCCCAAACUCGGCGGCGACAUCCCCCGUACCCGCUACGGCCUCGACUGGGAACAAGUUGCCUACUCAUCGCGACACAUGGAGAAAUCAGCCGUCGAAUUCACCACACACCUUACGCCCACUGCCCGCUACAUCCCCGGCGACACAACGCAGUCAGGAAGAAAUGCACCGAUUCCUCGCGGAGAAGCAGACCUCCCCAUGGGCCACAUUCCACCGUGGCUGGACAUCCACACGCGCUUUCAGCCGAAGCUAUGGGAGAUGUUUGUCGCGGGCACGCUAGGGCUCGUCGUGCAGUUGCCUGGCAUUGGCGCGAGGGAGAUCAGUCGCACCCUGGGCUUUGCGAUGGACGAGGGUGAGGUUGCGCUAUUGAUGGGGUGGUGUGUGGAGGCGGGCUUUGCGAUGCUGGAUUCUGCCUCCGGCGGGUAUCAGACUACGGAGGUCUGGUGGGCGUGUAUUUCUUGCGGGGAUUGGGAGUGGGUUAUGACUCCUGCCGGGCACGAUAUUACCUGA